AGCCACAACUACUCGAUCAAAUAAUGGCCGGUACGUCGUACGACUACCACUCAAGCCACCGUUUUCAAACACUCCUCGAACUGGCAGAAAAAACAAAAAUAGAAUUCAGUCUAACAAUAUUAAAAACUCAAAUAUAUUCUACUUUUCCACCCCGCAGGAUGACUUACGCCAAUAAUGAAAAGAACACAAUCCUGAAGAAAUCCUUAAGCGGUGGCCAUACUACAACAACAGCAGCAGAACCUUUGAAGAUCAACGCGGGAAUAAGUAACCACAUCAGCAUGUGUUCUGCGCCCUCGGCUACUCUACCAAUAGUACGCCGAAAUACAGGUAACAGCGUAUCAUCUCAUCACACCUGUACCCCUMCUCACUAAACAAAAAGGAUGGACAACAGGAUGGAAGGCAAAAUUCGUUCCAAGCACUUUGUUACACACAUUCGAUCCUAUGCAGCCUACCCCCUCGUUAACUACGCGGUCCGGGAUGCAACUUAUAACCACCCGUACAUCUACAU